AUGUUAUCGUCACCCUCUUCAUUACCAUGCAAGCUGUCACUGUCCACAGCCCCAAUCCAGGCAUCGCCACUGAGAACGACUCCAACAGGCAACCCUCCUUCAUAUUCUUUUGUUAGGUUCCAACGACAAGCACUGUCCACAGGGCCAACACUGCAUCGCAGUAGGCCAUGGUCACUUAGUGUGAGUACAUCUGCUGCGCUUACUAUCAGUGUCCAGGAGUUUGAUAUGAUUCAGGAGUUUGAAAUCCUUAUGUUCCUCCCUCAAUAUUAA